ACUGUUACAGGGACCAGGCACCUGUCAAACACACAGAGUUCAGUCUCGUACGACUAGAGCUACACACACACACACACACCUCCUGGACACACACACAGCGUCUGGACACACACACAGCGUCUGGACAGUUCCUCUUCUCUGGAUUUGUGUGAGACCGAAGCGAGAGCAGCCAUGUCGACCGGGGGAGACAAAGCUUCUGUGUUUAAAACCACUAAAGUCCGAACCAAACUGAGAGGAGAUAACAGUUGGCUGCAGCGUCGCUCUGAAACUCCGACUGAAACGGGAGAAGAGAAGCCCUGGAUUGCGGAGGUCCGAGCCAGCCGCCUGAACGGAGCCAACGCUGAAUCCAGUCCAGUGUCUUCGCCGGUCAGUUCCGCUCCAUCGCCGCUCCCGACCAGCCCCGAACGGUCACCCACGUCUGGAUUUCUAAUCAGGGGAGUAUUUACCAAAACGGAGACGACGCCCACAGCAUCCAACGGCUACAGCGGAACAACUCAAUUUACCAAAAAAACAUCUGAGACCUACAAAAAAAUCGCCCCCCACACUGUGAGGAACGCCACAGAGAAGCAGGAGGGUCAGCUCAGCCCGGACGAGCAGGAGAAACGAACGGAGGCAGCCAGUAGUGUGUUGAGGAAAUCGGCGGCGAAACAGCGCUCGUAUGUUCUGUCUGCGGCAAAGUUAUACGAGUCUAAAGACAAAACCCCAGAUCUUUUGGUGAACAGCUCCCCGUCUUUUGUGGCUCAGAGGGUCCAAAUCAUAGAUGAUGGAGAAGGUAAUGAAACUCCCUCACCCCCGAAAACCAUUGCUCCUCAGCCCAAAGCACGAACUUCGGUGAACACGGGGUCAAGGAAAAUCGAGAUAACGGAAGAAAUUAAGACAGAAGAAGUGAAAACGGACGAGAAACCCCCAGAGGAAGACCUGUUUGAGAACACGGAACCAGGAUGCACAAAAGUGGCCACUCCUUUGCCAGAACUUAUCCCAGAUCUGGUCCAAGCCACUUACGUCAAAGCGGAUGAGUCAGGUGAAGCCGAGCAGCCUGCGUCACCUGUAGUAGAACCAGCUCCGCCCUCUCCACCUGCCACAGCGCCGCCACAGACCGCGACAGAACCAGAGCCAAUUCAUCUACCACUAAACCCUGACACCAACCCUCUCAUCCCAACGUGUUACGCCGACACAACUCCAAAAAGAUUUAAAGUGGAGGAGCCUCUGCAUCUCGUGGAAGUCGACACACCAGAAGCCAACCUUGUAGAUCUAGAACCUGCUCAAACAACCAUGGAGGUUAAAUCAACUUCUACAGUCACUAAAGUGGAGCCAGCGACUGAUGAUUUACUGGGUUUUAACGACAGCCCAGAGUUGGUUUCCCUUGUCCCUUCCAGCCCUGGACCAUGGAGUCAAGAUCUGCUUAGCCCUGUAGAGAGCACGACGCCAGCACCUGUCAAACCGAGCGGCAGCGUCAUGGACCUGCUGUCGAGUGAGGACAUUGCAGUGACAGAAAUGCACAGCCUCAGAACGCUGCCAGAGGAGGAGCAGCAGCAGCCAGAGACGAAAACACAAAGCGUGACAGAAACAGUCACAAUAACAACCCAAACUGUGAUCGUUACUGAUGAAAGUGAAGAGGAACGAGCAGAUCCCCAGAGUUCACAUGUGAUUACUACAGUGACUGAAUCCAGCUCGACUGAUCCGUUUGAUCCAUAUCCGAUCGGGACCACAUCCUCCAACAGCUCCUCUGACCUGCUCCAACCUCUGGCAGACGUUUCCAUCAGCAGAGCUUCAGACACAUCAGAGACAAAACAGCCCAGUCCAGACACAAAUGUGAGCGUUAAUGUCCUGGAUUCAGUCUCAGAUGAAACUCCAUUCGACACGACGUCAACAACAUCGAGGAUCACUCGUCGCUCGUGGGCACGCACAUGGGAACCCGAGGAGCCGGAGCGCACGGAGGAGAGCCGGGCGGCGGUGGAGGCGGCGGCGGAGGCGGAGGCGAGCCAGGACGCGGACCAGCAGACUGUGAUCAUGUUCGAGAGGAAGUCGAGCGAAAACGACUCCCCGUGGGACAAGUGGACGUCGCCCACUGUGUACACGUUCAGCAACGAGGAGGAGGAGGAGGAAGAGGAGGAGGAGGAGGAGGAAUCUGCCAGAUCUGAAGAUACAGAGACACGAAUCAUAUCCACGGUCACUACUAUUCGGGAGACACACAGCGAGCCGGAGCCGGGCAUGGAUCGCACUUUGACCGAGCCAGAAGCAGAAAGCAAAAGGCCGUUUGUUUACGUGAAGGAGUACGUCAACACGUCCGCUCUGUCCACGCUCAACGCCAGAGAUGCAGACAGGUCUGAUUAUUUGACAUCAUCAUCUUCCAGUUACUCCUACAGCAGCCCCACGUACUUGAGUGGGUCGGUGUCGUACGGCUGCACGUUCUGUGGGCAGCUCGUGAACAAUGACGCCAAGAUCACCAUCGACCAUCUGAACAUCAACUGCCACCCCGAAUGUUUCAAGUGCGGCGUGUGCAGUAAACCUAUGGGAGACCUUCUUCAUAAGAUGUUCUUACACGGAGGGAAAGUCCACUGUGAGAACUGCUACAAAAACGCUUUGGACUGAUUAC